AUGUGGUCAAAAUAUGGUUUUAUCUUUGGGGCAGUUCUCGCCUUUAAUUUUGCAGUGGAUGAUGCUGUUGUUUUCAGGUUUUCGAAUUUUCAGUGCAAGAGUUACAACGAAUCGUGGGUCGUUUUCAACUAUUACCGUCUGAAGGCCGUCAGCCGUGAUAAGGUUCUGCUCAAUAUGAAUGGAACUGUUAUGUAUCCAGCUUACGACAUUCAACUUCACGUAAAAGUCUAUAAAAAGGCCAAUGGUUUCAAGCCGUGGUUACUGGAGUCCACUAUUGACGUGUGCAGGUACUUAAAGAGGCGCUAUGAUCCAUUCAUAAGCAUCCUCUACAAAUUCUUAAAAGAAUUCUCGAACCUGAACCACACCUGUCCGUAUGUGGGUCACCAAGUCGUCAAAGACUUUUAUCCAAAGCCGGAGUUACUAAUUCUGCCCAUUCCAUCUGGAGAGUAUUUACUGACGGGUCGCUGGUAUUUCGAUAAGAAACUCAUAGCCGAUACAAAUCUCAGUUUUAUUUAUUUGGAAGAUCUUCUAAAAAGAACAUAG